GAGAAUGUCUUUGAAGAAGUUUCGAAGUGGUUUCACGGUUAAACUAUGGAAAGGAAAACAGUCAAACAACGGCACCGAGGAUUUUUAUCGUGAUUUAACGAACUUGCGAAAAUAUGGCGUUAUCGGUGAGCCCGAGGAAACAGAAACGACAAUAUUGAACUACGAUAAAAAUGAACGGUCAAAGGAAAUGAUUAAAAAAGCGAUAUCGCAAAAUAAAUUUCUUGGUAAUCUUGGAGAGGCCAACAUAGAGAAACUCGUGUCCGCAAUGCAACCUCGAGAGGUUUUAGCUAAUACGAGACUCAUUAAGGAAGGUGAAACAGGCUCGCAUCUAUACGUCUCGGAAGAGGGGACUUUUGAGAUUUACGUUGGAAAUACGUUUUACGGAAGAUUCGGAGCCGGAGUGGCUUUUGGUGAACUUGCUUUGCUGUAUAAUAUCAAAAGAUUAUGCUCGAUAGAUGUACUGACGAACGGAAAAGUUUGGAUACUCGAUAGGAAGAGCUUUCACUCUAUAGUAAAUAGAAACAUGAGAGAAUCUACGAAUUACAAUCUUAAAAUGCUUCGGCAGAUCGAAAUUCUGAAAGAAUUACCCGAAGAAGUGCUUUCAAAGAUGUCAGAUUUGAUAGUCGUGGAAUUUUUUCUGGGAAACAGUUACAUUUUUCGCGAAGGAGAGCCAGGCUUCAAGUUUUACAUAGUCAACGGUGGAAACGUUAAAAUAACGAAAAAUAAAUCGUACGGGGGCGAGGAAGAUUUGAUUUUCCUUGAGAAGGGUGAUUAUUUCGGUGAGAAAGCACUUUAUGGUGACACCGAAUGUCAUCGACAGGCAAAUGCCGUGGCUCUGCCACCUGGCGCCGAAUGUUAUACCAUCGAUAGACAAUCCUUCAUCGAUUAUCUCGGUGGACUAGAAUCAAUUAAGAAUAAGAAAUGGGUUAUCAAUAAAAAACCGGCUGUUAAAGAUAAUUGGAAGGAAGAAUUUCACGAUUUGACCUUAGCCGAUUUAGAAAUCGAGAGUACAAUCGGUAAAGGUGGUUACGGAAGAGUGGAAUUGGUUAUCACAAAUUCAAUGCCAAAUAUCAGUUUUGCUAGGAAAAAAGUCAGGAAGAACAUGAUCACGAAAAAUAAGUUACAAAAGAUUAUCUACAAUGAAAAAUACAAUCUUAUGGCUUGUGAUUCUCCUUUCAUUUGCAGAUUAUUUCGAACGUUCAAAGACAAGAGAUACCUUUACUUCCUUUUGGAGAUCUGUCUCGGUGGAGAUCUACGAACGGAAUUGCAAAAGAAGGUUCGUUUCGAACCUUUUGAAGUAAAGUUCAUCGCUGCUUGCAUCGUCGAGGCCCUUAAUCAUUUACACUCGCUUGGCAUCAUUUACAGAGACCUCAAACCCGAAAACAUAUUGAUCGACCACAACGGCUACGUUAAACUCACCGACCUUGGAUCGAGCAAAUUCAUUGGCCAUUAUAAGACUAUGACAUAUAUCGGCACACUCGAGUAUUUAGCUCCGGAAAUCAUUCAGAGUUUAGGGUACAAUAGGGCUGCCGACUAUUGGUCCUUGGGCAUCGUCAUCUAUGAGUUGUUGUGCGGCUGGACUCCCUUUCAAGGUAUAAACGAGGUCGAAGUUGGCAAUAAUAUCAUCACGGGUAUCGAGACAGUCCAAAUACCUAAAAUACUUUCCAAUUCAGUCAAAGAUAUUAUUCAACGUUUGCUCAAAGCAGACCCUACGAAAAGGCUCGGCAACUUGCAAAACGGUGCUGCGGAUGUUCGUCAUCACAGAUGGUUCAAGGAUUUCCAAUGGAAAUCGUUAAACAAUUUGUCUAUGUCUUCGCCCAUCAAACCUACGGUGAAGCAUUAUACGGACACAAGGAAUUUUGAUAGAUAUCCACCUGAUCGCGAUGAAGCGCCAUUAGAUUUUUCAGAUUGGGACGAAAACUUUUAAGGAAACGCUAGGAAACUUUUUUAUCGAAAUUCUUAGAAGUUCUGUUUGUUUAGCAUAACGUUUAGGAAAAAUGACUAA